GCACAGUCUCAUGCGCACAGGAACGAAAGGAAAGCAAGGAAAGACGCACCGGAGCGCACAGGCUGCUGCUGAGCGCCGUGUGGAGAGAUACGCCGCAAACUGACGCACAGACGCACGCACUCACGCGCUAUGGACUACUGUUAAGAUCUGCUAGUGAGAAGUCAGCGCGCGCACAGUCCAGUCCAGCUGCUGCUCGUGCGUAAAAACCUCGCCAGUUCACCUUCGUUCUUUUUCUUUUCUUUUUUUAAAGUUUGCUUUUGUUGUUGUUUGAUAAACAGUGACAGUGAAUCCGAGUGAAUUUCCUUUUUUUUAAAAAAAAAAUCACAAUUUGGCGUCAUGAAGUUGCUGAUUUUACCGAUUUUAAUGGUCCUUUUCGCCGUCGUCCAAGUUUUUUGCGAGAACGACCCGAAAGAGGAGGCUGACUACUGGACGAGUAGUAAUCAGAUUCAGGACGGCUGGCUCUCCAAUGACCCCCUCAGAGAAAUCCUCCUGAGGAUGACGAGAAAGCCGCGGCCGCAUCAGUUCAUCGGCCUGAUGGGGAAACGCUCAAUGGCAAACUCACAGAUCACCCGCAAAAGGCAUAAAGUCAACUCCUUUGUUGGACUGAUGGGGAAAAGAAGCCAAGAGGAGCCAGACUCGUACGAGUGGAGCACAAUACAGACGUAUGACAAGCGCCGCUAGACAGUCCUCUCGUCACCCCCGCCUGCUUGUCAUCCAGCCAUUCCUCAUCCAACGGAAGGAGCACCUCCGACGGGUUCUCCGUACUGUGCUAUAGCUGUUAGUCGAAUAAUAAAAAAAAAAGAGAUUCUGUUUCCACAUUGUAGUGAUGUAGCAGUGCUGUACCUGUGCCAGUUUCAUUUGUCCCAGCAGAAUGUGGUGAGAGGUGGAGGAAAGGGUGUGGGGGGGGAUUUCAUCGUCAGUGUUAGUGCUUUGUGUGAGCGUUUUUUCGGCCAUCUGCCCAUGCCACAAAGUCGACAUGUUGUUGUGGACCAUCAAAGCAAGGCUGUACCCCCGGGUAUGCUGAAAAUUGCACUGCCAAAAUGACUGUAUAGUGCCUCAUAACUGUUCACUAAUUGCAGCUGAUUGUUCUAGAAAUCCGUCACACUGGGACUUUUUUUUUUUUUUUGUGUGUGUGUUGCUUUCAAGUGACAUCAGAGGAGCCGUCGUGCACCUGGACAUGUGGUUUUGACAUGACAGGAUAACUGUGUGUUUUAAUCGUUUGACAAAUAUUAAAUUUAUUUUCUU